AUGACCACCGAGGUCAACAACGAGAAGGGUCCCGCCUUCAAGAACUACAAAGGCUUUGUGGCUGGUAUCUUCUCAGGCGUUGCAAAGCUGACUGUCGGUCAUCCCUUUGACACUAUCAAAGUCCGGCUUCAAACGACAGACGCCAGCCGCUUCGCGGGGCCUCUUCAAUGCGUCGCUCAGACCAUCCGAAAUGAAGGAGUCCUCGCCCUCUACAAGGGCGCCUCGCCGCCGCUUGUCGGCUGGAUGUUCAUGGAUUCGGUCAUGCUGGGUUCCCUGACCGUCUACCGGCGCCUGCUUUCACAGAAUGUCUUCCACGUCUCCGAUUUCCAUCCAGGCGCGCCACUCAACUCUGGCAAGAGCACGCUGCCUUGGUACGGCCACGGGAUGGCCGGGAUUAUGGCCGGCGCGACUGUCAGCUUCAUCGCUGCGCCUGUGGAGCACGUCAAGGCGCGCCUGCAGAUUCAGUAUGCCGCCGACAAAGCUGGCCGGUUGUACAGUGGACCUAUUGACUGCAUUCGGAAAAUUUGGAACAUUCACGGUAUCAAGGGCAUCUAUCACGGUCUUGGAUCGACACUGCUAUUCCGCGGCUUCUUCUUCUGCUGGUGGGGCAGCUACGAUGUUUUCUCGAGACUUCUGCGGGAGAAAACGUCGUUAAGUGCGCCAGCGGUCAACUUCUGGGCGGGUGGGCUGAGCGCGCAAGAGGAAGACUGGGUGACGGCGUGA